AUGCAUUUGAAGAUUUAUCCGUAACAUCGAGAUAACUAUUUCCUUAUCAAAAGAUUAUAAAUUGAUCAAUUAACGAUGGAGGAUUUUCUACAAAUAGAUCAGAAACCCUUCCUAAAUCAUAAUAUCAAUAAAAUUAUUUAGAUAAAUUUGAUUUUGUUGCAUUUAUAUCAUUAAGUUUGCAAGAUCUAUAUAAUAAUUUUAUUUCAAAUGAAUAAGGUGAUGAACGAGAUAUUGACAUUAAAAAAGUGUACAUGUUUUUUUAGAAUAUAGUCUCGUAAAGAUUAAAGCUUAUCAAACUUUAUUGAUAGGAUCUAAUAUACCUACUAAAAAGAAACAAAGAAGAGAUUCAUAUUGA